AUUUUAAAAAUCUUUUCUUCAAAAGGCGUUCAUACUGCUUUAAUUUGCUUUUUAGAAUUUCUUAGUGAAUAUUAGUCUAAACCUUUGAAUGACAUUGCAAAAUUUAUAUUCAUAAUUAAAUUCCUUCCGAUGUAUAUAUUCUUAGCAAUUAAAUUUACUAACUCCCGUUUUUGUUUUCUGCGGUAUUGUUAAUGAAUUUGACCUCUUUAUAUAUGGUUAAUUUUUUUCAUCACAAUCUGAUCAGGUACACGGGUUCCAUGGAAACGAAACAGCCUAAUUUAUUAAAAUAAGUCGAUUACAUUCUUAAGAAUAAUUUUGUGUGGUAGUCAAAUUAGUCUUUUCUGUAUAUGUGUUAUAUGGAGCCUGGGGACUGAGUCACUUUGUUUACGUAAGUAUUCAAAGUCUUCUCCUAUAAGGAAGGUGAAAAAGUGAUUGACACAUCAAUUUAAUGAUGAAACUGGCAGAGUAGUCUGUUUAGUAUCCGCUCUGACAAUUUGUUUUAUUAAACUGAGGCUUGGCAGGGCAAUUGCAAAUGUGAAACGUUGUGUUCGUUGAACAUUUUCGCCAGUCCACCCACUAAUACAGGGGAUCGAAAUUGUUGUCUGUUCUCUACUCGGCGUUCUUACCAGUGUGAAUGCUUCUCAAUUCCGUAAUAUAAUUAUUCAUUGUUCAAUCAUUACAUUAGGAAAUAACGUCUAUUAAAAAAUUUGUUUUUUGACAUGAGUGUGUAGUUUUUUUGACUGAAGAAAUGUAAUCUUUGUGCGGUCGAAAAAUUGCAUUAGCUACCAAAUUUAUACCGACCUUAUUUUUAUUUUAGCAAACUUACGUCCAUGAUUGCAUGUUUCCUGCUUGUUACGCAGUUGACCAAAUAACCCUUACUUUUUUAAUUUUUUUAGUCUAAGCGAGUCUUUAAAAAUAAUUAGCGAACUGAAGUUGUUUCUGCCACAUGGCUUUUCCGAUCCGAGCUAUAACUAAUCAAACUUUGACAAUCCUAAUGAAUUAGUAUACGUAAAAGCCGGUAGCUCAUUAAAUGACAAUCAAAGCAUUUUAUAUUUAUAUGCUUGACAUAUCUCAAAUGAUUUUUAUCAAAAUAUACGAUUUGUGUAGUUUGUGGAAGUUUGAUUAGGACAUUUUUGGUGAAAGAAACAUAUAACGAGUAAAAAUAUUAAUAAAAAUAAUUAAAAAUAAUAAGGGCAAUUUUAAAAACGAAAUGAUGACAAUACAAUAUUCAAUUAAACCAGUUAUUUAUUAAGUGUUAUAUCUUCUAUGGCGUUUCCGUAUAGAGUGUGUCAUCAAUAUCACCCAAAAACAAUACCACUUCAAAUGUGGUAGACAUUCACUACAAGUUGUUACAAAUAGUACAACUACUUAUUAUAUAUCAAUAAGCAUAGACGAAAACACCUAUCCGUAUUUGGAUGUUGUUGUUGUAGCAGUUGUUUUUAUAGUUUCGUGUAUACUAUCCAACAAUUUCUGCAUUGCUUGACAUACAUUUUUGUUCCUUGGUUUUAGUUGUAUCUAGUAUACACUUUGGGUUGUGUUUUUCGUUACCCUUGCCUUUCAUUUUAGUAGCACAUUUGGUAUUCUUACGGUUCGCUUGAUUGCCUGCCUUGCCUGUCCUUUUGUACAACGCCAGUGUAUAUCAAUUUCGUUGGAGCCUCACGUGAAAUCAUUGCACCUGACUUUAGCGUACCAAUUUCCGCAGAGCCAAUUCAAUGCACUGAAAACUUUAGUGGAAUCACUAGAUGCAUCAUGUGCCUCCAACUGGGAACUACGUUUAUAUUCACGUGAUCCCAGAUUGGCUACAAAACAAGUACAUAUCAAUUGGGCCAUAUAUACUUAUUUAUAAUAUUCAUAUUAUCGUUGCUGCUGUUUUUAAUUUUUAAUUUAUAUAUAGUUUUUGUGUUAUGUGUGAUGAGGAUGAGCAGCAAAAGAAGAACCUUUAUAUGCCAUAUCGUUAUGAUGUAAUGAAUGUAUGCUGUUUUUGUUUCACAGGUUCACAAAGUCGUUUAUCCACACAGUCCGCAUGAAAUAGAUGAACUUGAAUUGCGUAUAGGUGAUUAUAUUUAUUUGAAUAGUGACGCUGUUGACAAUUCAUCAGACGGUUGGGCUGAAGGCAUAUCCUGGUUAACUGGAGCACAAGGUCAUUUACCUGUUAACUACACAGAACGCACAGCCGAAUCGGAUGCUUGGACUUUACAUCGAGUUGUUCAACUGUCAAAAUCAAUAACUCCGUCAUUAACAUCGAAUGAAGAAUGUGAUUUGGUAGAUGGUCGUAGUUUAUCAACGGAGACCGAAGACCAUUUGCGACAUCGUGAUUUGAACCAAGUUGGCAUACAUGCAUCGGAGCUAAUUGAAGGUUCAUCAUUUAAUGAAGAUUCAGAACAAAGUGUUGAAAAAUAUUUACGUAAAACUUUGAAACCUUGUUUGGACAUUCCAACUAUAACGAAUAAUCAUUCUUCCAAUCAGCAGCAGGCUACACCCCUAAUCGAAAUCACACCCAAUAGUAUGUCAACGCCAAAUGCUAGUGGUGACAUUAAAGUCGAACCCAUACCAGCUGCUCCCCCCAAGGCAGACGAUACGCUCAGUCAACAUUCUGCUGAAAAUUCCAUGUCAUUAUCAUCGAAGAAUCGACGCGUUUAUAUAAUGCGUCAUGGCGAACGGGUGGAUUUUACAUUUGGUACAUGGAUACCGUAUUGUUUUGACGAAUUCAAUAAUUAUAUGCGUAAGGAUCUCAAUAUGCCAAAAACUCUUCCGAAAAGGAGCAACAUUCCAGAUGGUUGGUUAAAUGAUUCACCAUUAACAAAUAUUGGUUUGUAUCAAGCCAGUCUGAUAGGAGAGGCUUUGUACGACGCAAGAGUGCAAAUUGACCAUGUUUAUUGUUCACCGGCAUAUCGUUGCGUACAGACCUGCACAAGCGCUUUAGAAGGACUCAAACUUACUGGAAAGCACAAAAUAAAACUUGAACCUGGUUUAUUCGAGUGGAUGGCAUGGUAUCCUGAUGGUGUACCAGAUUGGCUCACAAAAGAAGAGUUACAGGCAGCCAAAUAUAAUAUAGAUACAGAAUAUCAGCCAUUUGUUGCAAUAAAUAAUCUUAACGAAUCAAUUAAGGAGACCACGGAAGGAUUUUACACACGUAAUUACGAUGUCUUAAGAAAAAUUAUAGAUUCAACGGUUGGCAAUGUUUUAAUUGUAGCCCAUGCCACUACGCUAGAUACAUGUACAAGGCAAUUGAUUGGAGAAGCGCCAAGAAACACAAAUGAACUACGACAAGUUAUACACAAAAUACCCUAUUGCAGUUUGGCCAAUGUUGAGGAAAUCGAUGGCCAAUGGAAAUUGGUGGAACCCGACACUUUGCCAGUGACACAUUCAAAAAAUCCGCGAUUCGAAUGGAAUGCUUUAACUGCUACAUAGUGCAAGUGUUUUGAGGAGUUUAUUAGUAAGCUUUCAUCCUAAGUAGAAAUUAAUACGCUCCAAGAAAAACAAAAAAUACUUUGCUAUUUGCUCACAACAUUUUUGGAAGGUUUAGUUGUUUCAAUUUGCUUUCAGUUUAUAAAUGCACUCUCGGUGAUUUUCGCACAAAACGACUUGGUUAUUUUGCAGUCAUUCUAAAAAAAUAAAACAGUGAGGUUGUACUUUUUGUUAUCUAUUUAUUUUAAAUUAAAAUUAUGUAUAUCGUUAUGAAAUAUUCAUCUGAAAAGUCCAAACAAAUUCAAAUUAAUUUGAAAAAAAAAAAUCCUCAGAAAUUCUAUUGAAAUUUUUGUAGUAGAAUUUGAAAUUUCCCGUAAAUUGAUGUUCAGGUUUUUAAAAUAAGAAUUCUUUAACUCAGUACUAAAAGUGAUGACAUUCUAUUCUAUUCUAUAAAAUAAACAAUAUUUGACUAAUAAAACAAACAAUCCUUUAAACUGCCAUGCUAUUGUAAACAUGUUGUAUCUUAACGGAGAUUUGAAUAACUUUGUGCUUUAAUUUAUAAAGGCAAUGUUUGAAAAUUCAAGAGAUGAAAGUAGUACCUCUUGCACAUUAUAACUAUAAUAAAAAUGGACUAUCAAAUCCAAACUGUUUAAACAAAAAACUGUAGAUAGAAGUUUUACUCUAUGGGCAAACAACAAUAUAAUUACCAUUGCUAAACCUAUUAUAUUUGCUUAUAUAAUGUUCAUUCUCUGAAGUUUCAACUGCAAUUAGUUUAUUAUUUAUUCCAUGUUGUUGUAUUAAACUAAUUUUGAUUUAUUAUAUACUGUUCAAUUAAUAUUGGAAACAGAAAAAUACGUUAAAUAACAAGACAAUCGUGGCUAUAUACCUUGUUUAAAACUUAAACUAACAUUAUAUACACACACAAAAACAUUGUUCUAAAAUCUAAAUCUUUUUCACCUCUCAACAUGGAAUAAAUAUCAUGCAUUAUUAAUUAUAUUUAAUAUUUAAACAUUACUAUUCAAUUAUUAACAUUAUUAGACACAUAAAAAGUAUUUCUUAUUAGCGAAGUUAAAAACUUCUUGUUAGCAUUGCGCAAUAUAAAUUCAAUAUGACGAAUUAAAAAACUAUGUUGAAAAAUAUGAAAAAAAUAUUGGUAAUAUUUUCUACAUUUCGAAAUACAAUUGCAAUAUGAAUAAAAAUACAAACCAAUAUAAGAUUAUGUGUUUAUUUCAAAGUUAAUAAAUAAUAAUAUAUCACACAAAUGCAACUGCACACCACCAAAAUCAUUCUAAAGAAUAUCGAAAAGGUAGGUUGUAAAAAUGGUUCUUUGCCAUUGACAAAAGUAAGUUGAGUCACGGUUGCGUUUCUAGAAGUUUUAAAAUGUAAACUCCAUUUUUCCAAUCUACCCAAAUACUUUGAUAGAUAAUUUCUUGACAUAUUCUCCUAAAAAUCUACUGUUUCUAAGUGGCCUAGGUUAAAAGUCCUUCCGUACGUAAAAGUAAUUUAAGACGGAAGAUGUCUUUAAUGGUCGGUUCUAUUGAAUAUGUUAAAAUAAUUUUCAAGUGCAGCAUAGAAAUAUCCUUAAUAUGGAAGCCAUGGCCUAUCCAUCAGGUCAUCCUAUAAGACCAGCAGAUUUUACCCGCAUUGUCAAAAUGAAUGUCAAUUGUGAAUUAAACGUAACCAAACACUUUGACAUUAUGAGGUCGACAGGUUUUAUGAGGUAUAGAAUAGGAGACCAUGAAUACUGUAUUAGGAGACCAUUCCCCUCCCAUCACAGUUUUGGCCGAUUUGGCCUCCUGAGUAGUUUUGGCUCAAUUAAGAUCCGGAUGGUGCAGCCGUCUCAAUUCCUAUUGGACAUCGACAGCGAUGUGCGGAACAUCUGCCCAGCUUGUGGCACAGGACCACCUGACACGCUGCACCUUUUUCGCUGUCCAGCCAAACCUACUCACUCAACUCCAGUCUCGUUGUAGACCUAACACGUACAGGUUGCAUCCUUUUUGAGACUGGACUAAGAGGCAGAACCCGAUUGAGAUGUGUCAGAUCGAACACAGCAGUAUGAACUACUACAACAACAUUAGAGGUUAAUAGCCCAAGUAUACGGUUCUCUUCCAUGCCAACUGACUUCCAAAUUUAAUGCCAAAAUGCAUUAUUUUGAUUGAAAUCACAGAGCAAAAAAAAACAAAUACCCAACAACAUGUAAAAAAAUUUUUUGUCAUUUCAUCCGCUUUUCAAAAUUGGCAGGAACACCUUGUUAUUGCACCAGCAUGAGUUUCUUUCAAUCAACUGUAGUUUUUAUUUUGAUGCACAAGACCUAUUUAAUGGACCUUGAUGGUAGCCUUACACAUGGUAGAAGAAUACAAGUAGGUGCAUCAACGCUUGGGAAAAUUGAUAUGUCAAAAAAUUGUAAAUGUCUCUUCAAAUAUAAGUAGAUUUUUAUAUGUUUUCUUAUACGACGUCAUUCGGAGGUUAAAUAAUUUUUCAUUCAACAUUUUCAAUUCAAUGUCUUUAAAAAUUGGUUCGACAGUUCAUUGUCCCAGCAGCUGUGUCGAUGCGUUUACCUGUAUUGUUCUACCAUGUACGUACACAUGCAUUUUUUAUGCAUUGUUUACUGCUCCUGCAGGAAUGGUCCAGUAACAUCUUUCUAAGAAGCCAGCCUAAGUCAUCGGCUGGCCAGUCAAAAAAGCGUUAUAUGUAUUCCCACCUUAAGCAAUCGGCUGUGUUGUCUAAAUGAAACAAUUUAUACGCCAUAAAAUUAAAUUAAGCACAAAAAAAAAAUAAAAAUGAGCCUGAAAGCAAAACAGUUAUGCAUGCGACUUUUCAAAUACAGACGUUUUUUAAAAUAAUUGCCAAAAUUAAAAACACCGGAAGGAGAAGAAGUUACAAGUGAUUGCAAGAAGAAAUUUGUCCAACAAGAAUUUGCAAACUCGCAGUAAAAGAACAAUAAAAAUGUAUCACUAGAACCGCUUGUUUUUGCAGAACUGUUGUGUUAACAGACGACUUUCAGUAACAAUUUGCAAUUGUUAAAAAUUUUAGGGUAAUCAGACACAACCAUUGUAUAAUAAAAAUAAUUGUGAAAAUUUGU